GUACGAACAUAUAUCUUUAAACUGUUAAAUUAACAAAUUUCUAGAGUGCAACACAAAGCAUCUCUAUACAUCCUCAUAUUAAAUCAACUCAAUGCAAAGUGCUGCUUUCAAUACUGUUUAAGCACUUACAAAUACACAUUCUUUCACAGGUAAAAAGAAGAUGGAAAGCAUCCACCCACUCCAAGGAUCCCAGUUGGAGGCCAGUGACAACCAGGCUGAAGAUGGAGUAGACAUGUCGUCCACAGAUGAUGAAUAUGCUGUCCAGUACUUUGGCUUUCAUCCACAGGCCUUCAUGAACGGAAUGUAUAACGCCAUUCUGGAGUACUUGCAAGAAGCGAGGACCGCUCUUAAUGAUGCCAUCUUGAGCACAUUUAGAGACACAGUAUCUCAGUCAGAGUUGGAGCAGGUUUCUUUACAGCAAAGCAAUGUGGCUGUGGAGAGACUCAAUGACAAGUUUGACAAGGCUGAGGUGUACCUAAACCUGAACGUAUUCAGCAUACCGCCGGAACUGGUUCUACCAGAAGACCAAGUCCACGAAGAUCCUUCCUGCUCCAAGGAGAAACUGGCUGCCCUCGACACCGACAUACAGGAUGUCACUGAUAGGAUCAUAGCUGUGAAGUACGCCAAUGUAGUGUUGCGGGAGAGGCUACAGGAGAUUGAGGAGCUACAGAAACAGAUGGACGCCACACUGACCACAGUGGACAAACUACAUUCAACAGUGGCUACAGAAUCUGGGGAUCUUGCCCAGAGUGUGAGGACCCUACUUCAACUAGAUGACGUGGUCACCGAUCAAAACCUUGACACACGUGUUGUAGGAAGAGAGACAUGAAAUGUGUGCUGGCAACUUCCCACUGAUGUCAGUGUUUAAGACUUGAACAGGAGGCCUGAUAUGUUAACUGUUAACUUUCAAAACCUAGACUGGAACUAUGAAAUAUGUCUUGUUGCUUGUAUGAUUACUGUAUAUGUAUGCAUAAAUGGUUGAUUUCUGUGAAAUGUCAACCUGGGUGUUGUGUAGAUGCUAACACUAUCCUAUGUGUGUAUUUCACACUUUAUAGGCUGAUGAAAGAGACUAAAUGUCGGUAUUAUAGAUCCUUACAACAGGGGACGGGGAAAAGAUUUAUGAAGGAAUGACUAAAACUAUGUUUAAAAGAAAACUAUUCUUGCCAGUCAUUCACUACUAAUAUUUUUCUCUGUGUGUAAAUGUUAACUGUUAGCUGAUGUGUACACGUGGGCCUCCAGCCAUCAAAUCUUGGGCGCUUUGCUUAAGCUGCUCAUUCUAAGAAAACAAAAUCCUACGCAACAAAAUGAUACAUGGUAGCUCUUCAUACUCUCCCGUAGCUAGAACUUGACUGCCUCACAGAGAGCACAAUUUAUAUUCAAGCUGUUACAUUGAAAAUUUGCAUCUCAAAUAAUCUGUUAAAAGAAAGUCUUUUACUUUAGGUAUACUCUUUGUAAUCAAAUGUGCUUCUGAAAAUCCAGUUGAUGCUGAGGUAAAGAAGCCUCUUUUGGGAUGCUCACAUACAGCACUCUGCCCAUGUAACUUGCCCGAAGUAUAUUUUUCACUUAAUUUUUCCUCCUAAUGAUUUUGCUCAUAAGCCAAGAUGCUAUAAUGUAUUCAGCAUUCAUGUGAGUAUAUAGGACUUCAUUUUCUUGUAAUGUUACAUGAACUACAUUGUAGCAUAAUAAGACUAAAUAGUAAUGUAGCAAUGUUGAAAUGAAUUGUUUAAUAUGUAGAUUUUAGCUCAUUUGUUUUGUUUAUUUAAACCUUGUAACAUUUUGACCAUAACUCGAAAUGAUUUGGAAAGGGCCGUAACUAAUGUUAAUAAAGCAUGCGGUCCAAUCCCUUGACAUGUCUUUUUUAUAUGAAUGCAAACAUUGUUACAUUGCACUUUUUUUGUUUCUCUGUUGUUUUCUUUAUCAUAUAUUGUGUAAAUGCAUCUUCAUGCAAUAAAAUAUUAUUUAA